GUGUGAGGAGAGCCUGCCGCAGGCUCUCUGCCUUCAGCCUUUCGGGCCUCUCUGGGCAAGAGGCAGCAAAGCGGCCCGUUUCCUCAGGGGCGUUUCUCUGCAGCUGGGUGAGCUGCUCUCACCUCAGGGAGACCCGUGGUGGCCUGCGGGCGGGUGGGGGGUCUGUGUUGGCCUUCCCAGGGAGCUUGUCCCCAGAGUGUCUACAGUGGCAUAAAUGUCUGCAAACAAACAGGCCUAAGACGUUGCAGAGGCUUCCCACCAGGCAGAGGACAGUGGAGAAAAGGACACAUGAAGUGUAGCGUGGGUUGUUGGAUCUCUCCCGGAGGGCACUGGGGUGUUCCUCCCUCAGCCCAAGCUUCACCUAGAAGAGUAUAAGCAACUGCAAGAUGCACAAACAAGCAGUAAAUUACAGAUGGCGUGAAGUUACUUGUAAUUGCCUGGAUUAACCUCUCCAUUUAUGGCCUACCAUUGUGUCCCCUUGGCACUGCCCAUGCCUUGCCUUAUGUAACAAAAAGCUGCUCUGCACGCCUGCAGCUGCCAAGAAAUCUGUAUUUGGCAAACUUUUAAAAGGCUCCUUCCAGUCAGCAUGUGAAGACAUUCAUCCUCACUGUUCCAUUGGGGACCCGAAGCCUUUUCCUGGCUGGCAGUGACAUCAGUAGCUGGCAAAGGUCAGAUGUAUUUACUCCUACACAGCCCUCUUGCCUAGCUUCUUGCACAGCUCCUACUCUGAUUGAAGCAAAUGUGAUCACUGAGAUAAGUCUGCCAUAUUUGAUUAUUUUGCUGCUGCUUCAGAGAUGAAGAUUGUUACGAACUCACCAAACAGAACAGGUGCUAUUUACAGAGUACAGGUGCUGCUUUGCAAACCCAAGUCUGUGGCUGAGCAAGCAGCAUGGAAAUCUUCUCCUUUGCCCUCUCCAAACCCCACCUUUGGCUUUACAACUAGGUUCUUAGGUUUGCACUUGAAAGGCAGAGCUGGGAAUCUGCUGCAUGGCUGGCGUGUUGUUUAGUCAUCAACCUUUUUGCUCGUUGCAUGCACUUAAUUGUUUUUUGCUGGCAGACACACAGAGCUCAGCAUCAGAUUUUGACACAUACAUGCUGCUGUCCUGAACGAUUCGCUUGAGCAGGCUGCCUUGCAGCUGCUGCAUUUUUCACCAGUUAAAUUGACAGUUACCUACUGUGUGGAGUUGCUAGGAGAAGGUGAAUAGUCAUCAUUACAGCAUAUUCUUUCAAUAACAACCUGUAGGUCUCUCUGAUUUCUCUUCUGCAGGGAUUUCUACAUGUCUUCACUACCAACAGCAUUUGUGCAGUCAUAUUUUUAUUCAGAGGCUGGUAUAUAUUUAUUAACUAAGAGUAAAUUCAGGAUCAACUAAAGAGAGGAAAGCUCUGGCAUUUGAACAUGCACUCUUUUUGUAGGGUGAUGUGGCUGAUACUGGCUUCUACCAUCUGCUUUCCUAUUGCAGCCUGUUUCUCCAACCUGCAGAGCAGAAACCAGCCUUUCUUUUCUUUUAGAUUGUUAAAGCCAUUCACAUUUAUUCUGCAUGGCAGUGAAUUAUAGUGCAUUUUAAGGAAUCUUUUGUGCUUCUCUGCGUAUUCCUACAGCAGAAAAAGUGCAUGAGAAAGGAGCCUGAGCAGUCAGUAGUACGGUAGCUGGCUCACCCAUAUGGAUUAGACUGGCGAGGUCAGAGGAGCUGUGUGUACUUGCUCUGUGCUUGCGGGGGGGGGAAGGUGGGUUUGUCUAAGUGAAUAGUGAUUCAGGCAGGACCGUCCCUCAGCUGUUGUAAUUCUGAUGUGUUUUGAUAUGAAAGCAGCUACUGUCUAACAUGCAUGGAUCUUCUGACAUUCUGACUAAAGAAUGCUUUUACUUGCUGCUGAGCCUGACUGUAACUGUAUUGCUGUAGGACAAUAAUGAUGGGGGCUCGAGCGACAGAAACAACUCGGGAGCUGGAAAGCACCUCUAUAAAGUAUCAAAUAGGAGGACACGCAGACAGAAUGUGGCAACGGCUCAAAGGAAUAUUAAGAUGCUUGGUAAAGCAGCUGGAGAAGGGUGACAUUAAUGUGGUGGAUUUAAAAAAGAAUAUCGAAUAUGCAGCAUCUGUGCUGGAGGCAGUGUAUAUUGAUGAAACCAGGAAGCUUUUGGACACCGAGGAUGAGCUCUCUGACAUCCAGUCGGAUUCGGUCCCACUGGAAGUGCGGGACUGGUUAGCUUCCACAUUCACAAGGGAAAUGGGAAUAGUGAAGAGGAGGUCUGAAGAAAAACCAAAAUUCCGAAGUAUUGUGCAUGCUGUACAGGCUGGGAUCUUUGUAGAAAGGAUGUACCGGAGAACUUCUUGCAUGGUUGGUUUGGCUUAUCCAGCAGAAGUGAUAGUAACAUUUAAGGAUGUUGAUAAAUGGUCUUUUGACGUGUUUGCCCUAAAUGAAGCAAGUGGAGAGCACAGUCUGAAAUUUAUGGUGUAUGAGCUGUUCACCCGAUAUGACCUUUUCAGCCGUUUCAAGAUCCCUGUUCCCAAUCUUAUUUCAUUUGCUGAAGCUCUUGAAGUUGGUUACAGCAAGUACAAAAAUCCGUAUCACAAUUUGAUCCAUGCAGCUGAUGUUACUCAGACUGUGCAUUACAUAAUGAUUCACACUGGUAUCAUGCACUGGCUCACAGAACUGGAAAUUUUAGCAAUGAUCUUUGCAGCUGCCAUCCAUGAUUAUGAACAUACUGGGACCACAAACAAUUUUCAUAUUCAGACAAGGUCAGAUGUUGCAAUAUUGUACAAUGAUCGUUCUGUUCUUGAAAAUCAUCAUGUAAGUGCUGCUUAUAGACUCAUGCAAGAAGAAGAGAUGAACAUCCUCGGAAAUUUAACCAAAGAUGACUGGAGGGAGUUGCGUAGCUUGGUCAUUGAGAUGGUCUUGUCUACAGAUAUGUCGGGUCAUUUUCAACAAAUUAAAACCAUGCGACACACUCUACAGCAGACAGAGGGGGUAGACAAAGCCAAAGCCAUGUCUUUGAUUCUACAUGCAGCAGACAUAAGUCAUCCAGCAAAAACCUGGGAACUGCACUACCGGUGGACCAUGGCCCUGAUGGAAGAAUUUUUUCGACAGGGAGACAAGGAGGCUGCUUUAGGUCUUCAGUUUUCCCCACUCUGUGAUCGCAAGUCUACUUUGGUAGCUCAAUCCCAAAUAGGUUUCAUUGAUUUCAUAGUAGAACCAACAUUUUCUCUUCUUACUGACUCAAUGGAGAAAAUUGUUAUGCCUCUUAUAGAGGAAGCAUUAAAAUCUGAAAGUCCUGCAUUUGGGGGACACAGCCAAAAUAGUUUGGGAUUAGUAAGCAAUGCUGAAGCACAAAGACGACCCACUUUUAAAAACACAAGUGAUGGAGGGACAGAAAAUUCUCUAGCAUCUGUAGACCUAACAAGCUUUAAGGACAACUUGAUGAAGAUCAUUCAAGAAAACAAAGAAAGAUGGAAAGAGCUAGCAGUAGAAGAAGAACUUGUGAAAAAUGUUGGUGAACAGCAAAAAGACCAAAGCAGAAAUUCCACAGAUGCACAGUUACAGGAAGAGACAAGAAGGAUACAAAAUGAGAGUAGUCAGGGAAGUGAUGGUACAGCCUGUCCUCCCAGAUCCAUCGUCCCACAAGUAGUCUCUUUCGACACUCCUCUGAGUGAUGAAUCCAACUCAGAAAAGUUCACUAACUCUGAUCCGAACCAGAAGGAUCUCACCGAUGCCCAGCAAGAAACACAGAACACAGACCCACUGAAUGGUGAGCCUAUACACUGUAAGAAGUCAGAAGAUACAGCAAAAGCCACUGAGCAGAAAGAAGCACUGAUACAGAACUAGAUUUGCUGUUUCUUUUAAGCUUCUGAUGUUUCAGGCAGGACAGGAGAAAAGAACUCUGGCUGUUCCUACCCCAUGGUCUCAGAAGCUGUUAUCUUGUUCUCAGAUCAUCCUGUUUCUGUGGAGAGUAAUUGAACAAAAUGAUCUAAAGCAUAAAACAGAAAACGCUGAGCUGGUAACUCAAGGCACUUACAACUCGCAAGAUUUCAAUUGUGUUUGUUGUUGCUAUGUCUUCUUCUAUUCUGCUUUCUAAACUAGCCAGAAUACUUUGUUCAGUCAAAGCUGGGCCUUGCUUUAUUGCAUCACUGGCACCAGACAUUUCCAGUUAACCAUGAGCCAUGGGAAAAUGUGACAUCUAUCAUCUGCCCAGGACUGCUGCUGCAUAUCACUGCUACUGGUGUCCAAUGGAAAUGGACAGUCAGAAAGAAAUGUUGCUAUAGAUAUUUGUUCAUGCAACCAUGCUGCACGCAGCAUUAAAGUCCUACUUGUUACCUUCCUUGAAAUGCCUGGAAAUAAAUAUAAUGAGACUGUACAGGGAAGUUGAAGAGUUACAUUGACCAGCCUGCAUGGAUGAUGGUUCUUUCCCACUGUGGGGGCUGCCAAAUGGAGAGAACUGGUGUUUAACAAAUCAGUAUUUGAAAUAUCUCUUUAAAAGUUAUUAAAUAGCAUGCAGUAUUAAAGAUCAAAACAUUCUCAGUCCUAUAGUAUUUUGGAAGACAUCAGCAAUGGCGUCAGCCCUACCAUGAAGCUGGUGCUUAUUGUUUUUUAGGGCAGAACAGACAACUACAGGAAUACAAGAAAAUUGCUUCAGUUCAGCAAAAUAUUGUGUUGCCUCUCAGACAGAACUGGAAAGUGACAGUGAGGCCUUAUAUCAUGGUUUGUCUCAACACGGUGAUGAUCUGGAUCCUGCAAAAUCCUUGCUAGCAUUUUUUUUCAUUAAAAGAAAACAUCAGACCAUCUUUCCCUGAGAGGCAGUGAAAACAGAGCAUACAAGCAGUUACCUCUGCAAGACACCUCAGAAUGAGCCCUCCAGCCCAAACUGUGCCCAGAAAGAGAUAUCAUUUUCAUCUCUGCUUCCCUGCAGCUGCCUGUGACCUCUCCUGGCUUGCCCAGGCACCCCACACUCUGCAUCCAACCUCAUUUCCUUCUGCUGGAACCUGCCAGGAACCUUUCAUGUUCCUCCUUGCGUUGUAGGCCCUCAGGUCACUGUACUCCCAGUUCUCCUUUUUGGACCUUGUGGUUGUUACCUCACUGACCAAAAAGUCUUUGCAAUCAGCCAUGGUGUGCUCUGAAGAGGACUCUUGGGGGUGGUGACACUCAUCUCUGUGCAGAGGCUGACGGACAUUUGUGACCUGUGUGCUGCUCGUCGGCUGUUUCAGGGGUCUAACCAGAGUGCAACAGGCAUGAGGCUCAACUUCAGCAAGGGCAGGCUUUGUCCCAGGUGAAGAAGGAAUCCUAAAACAGUCACUCUAGACUGAGGGAGCCUUACACUUCCAUACUGGCUGACUAUUUCUUUUCUGACAGCAGAGCAAUCAGAAUUGAGCUGGGAACAGAGCAAGCUCUGAGCCCGGGGACAAGGGCAUGCCAAAAGGAGGAAUUCCUGUCAUUGAAUAUGUAAGCCAUACAGACACUAUGCAUAAGUAGUGUGCAUAGUUUUAACUUAAGAAAUGUUUGUGCAUUUAGGAUGUAAAAAGUACAUUUAAAUUGUUUUGUGUAUCUGGUCCAGGACUUGUAUUUAGCGUGGACACAUUUCUGUACAGUGCAGUAACAAAUGAAAUGUUAACAGAUGAAAUUGUAUCAUAUAUGUUAUCAUGCAAUUGAUAUUUUUUGCUAAGAGUUAAGAAUUUAUAUAUUCUUUGCUAGCGUUUGAACAAAUCAUUAGUAGCUUGGACCACUCCGUGCACCUUUGCAUCGUUUUUGGGAAUGUUAAACUCUUUUUUUUUUUUUCCUUUAUAGUAAACCACAAACUAUCUUAUGGUUACUUUCUGUCAUUAUGACAAGAUAAGAAACAUAGUGGUCAUAUCAGACUUUUUAAAUCUUGUUAAUUGCAAUAUGCUUUGGCAGUGGAAAAUCAUCCUGUUUAAGAUCUGAGAACUUGGGACCUUACUUCAGAUACGUUGAACAUCUGCAGUUCCCACCAAAUUUGAAAAGAACAAAAUAUGACUGGUAUCUUAAACACUAGGCCAGUUAGGUAUUUGUUUGUUACAGAGUGUUCUUCAACAUUGUAAUUUUUGGUUCAUUGUGACUGAAAGUCUGGAGCAAUCAGAAAUUAGUUUUUUAUUGUAUUUUCAAUUUCAGACUUUUGCCAUAGUUGAAGUUGACUUUUUUAUCUGUGUCUCUGUCCUAUUGUGAUUUAUAUACUCUGCAAGUAUACUCUUGUGUUUCUUCUGGAAAUACAAGCAGAAAUUAUAACAGAUUCUGCUGAGUACUUGGAGCAUCCUGUGGGGCUCUCACUGUCCUGACAUUAUAGCCAGCACCAAGAUCUCCAAUUGCAGAAACUAGAUGGAGCUCCUAAACUCACAGGAGGCACUUUGUGCCUGCAGAACUCAUUAAUUAAUAUAGAAAUGUGAUUUGUUUAUACACAAUUCUAUUUGCUCAUUUGUAUUGUGUUUAAAUCACUGUGGUAGAUGUUACUGAAAUACAAGGAGAGUCCUUAGUUUUCUGUUAAUAACAGCUGAUUCUCUUUCUUUCUUCCUUCCUUUCUUCUAAGCAAGAUUUUACCUGGACAUGACCCAAACCUUAGUGCGUUGUUUGACGUUGUUUGAGGAGAAAUUUGCUUUGGUGAAGACCAAGAUAGCCAACACGUGUUAGUUAAGGCUUUGACCUUGGGUGAAAUUUGUUUGUCAAUGGCAGAAAGGCUUCUUGAGAGAGUCUCUCCCUGAACAAUAAUUUCUCUCUGAAACCUGUAAGGCUGCACUACCAAAACACUGCAUGGGGCCACAAGACAUGGUGUUUGUUUAUGUCUCUCUCCCACAGCAUUAUGGGCAUGUACCCCUGCAUUGAGCACACUGAGGAGCCGUAGCUACAGAUUAGCCCUCAAGAGUUUUAUUUUGUAUUUUUAUCUUGAGAUAUCUGACAGAUAUGGUAUGUAAUAUUGUUACGGGUUAUGAUCUAGCCAGUAUUUUUUUAUUUAAUUUUUAACAAGGCAAUCUACAACUGUGUUUUUAUUCUGCUGUAUUUGUUCAUAUUUCCUAUGAUAUUCCCAAAUAAAUUUGAUUUGAGGGCAAGGAUUUUGAAGCUCCUGAAUGUUAGUUACACAUGUGCUUUACAGAAGCAUGUUUGCUUAUUUGUGUAUGGUGGAGCAUAAAGGAGUGUUUCCAACCCUUUCACCUGCUUGUGACUCCACACUUUUUCCAUGACUGUGCUGGUUUGCUGUACAAAUUCAUUUGCUUGUACAAUUUGUCUAAGCAAGUCUUGCCUUCUUAGCUUUCACUGUUAAAAUAACCCUCACAGGAAGAAAACCAUAACUGACAGAACCUUUUUUUACCCUAAAAAUUCUUAUUGUGGGUUGGUAUUGAGGGAGUCACUGGGGUUGUUCAUCUUAGCAACAAUUCUUUAGGAAUGGUACGACUUUCAGAGGCACCUCCAUGACAUGGUGUAAAUUUAAUCAGCCAAGUUCAGUGAAGCAGGGAGAAACACAGCCCCUUCCUUACUAAGUUGGAAAUUAAUAGAAAGAAUCCCAUUGACCUGGAUGUGUAUCAAAUCCUAAAAAGCUAAAUGAUGGAAAUAAAUUGAGACAAUUGCUUUA